CGCCGCCGCCGCCGCCGUGGCGCGAGAAAUAAUAUUGGUUCACAGAAAAGAUUAUCUUCUUAUCCAAAAAGAUGAAACCAAUUGGGUUACUGUCAAAUGACAACCGAGUGAGCACCAUAGACCAAUGAGUAGGAUCAAUAAGAACGUGAUUUUGGCCGUUUUAACUUUGACCAGUUCAGCAUUUCUGCUGUUUCAGUUGUACUACUACAAGAACUAUUUAUCAACAAAGAAUGGAGCUGGCUUAUCAAAAACCAAAGGAAGCCGAAUUGGAUUUGAUAGUAUGCAAUGGCGUGCAGUUAAAAAGUUUAUUAUGGUAAUGUCCAGCCAAAAUGUACCAGUGUUCCUUAUUGAUCCUUUGAUUCUGGAAUUGAUUAACAAAAACUUUGAACAAGUCAAAAACUCUUCUCAUGGCUCCACUUCAGAAUGCAAGUUUUUUUGUGUUCCAAGAGACUUUACUGCAUUUGCACUUCAGUAUCACCUAUGGAAGAAUGAGGAAGUUUGGUUUCACGUAGCUGAAAGUAUGGGAUUUCAGUGCCUCAAGAUUCAAAGCAAAGAUCCCCGUCUAGAUGGAAUAGAUUCGCUUUCUGGAACAGAAAUUCCCCUUCACUACAUCUGCAGAUUAGCCUCUCAUGCUGUCCAUGUGGUGGUCUUUCAUGAGAGGAGUGGCAACUACCUCUGGCAUGGCCAUCUACGACUUAAAAGACACGUUGACAGAAAAUUUGUUCCUUUUCGAAAGUUACAGUUUGGCCGUUAUCCUGGAGCUUUUGAUAGGCCAGAAUUGCAACCACUUACUGUUGAUGGUCUAGAAGUUCUCAUUCCAAAAGACCCAGUGCACUUUCUAGAAGAAAUACCACACUCGAGGUUUAUUGAGUGCAGGUAUAAAGAAGCUCGAGCAUUCUUUCAGCAAUACCUUGAUGAUAAUACCGUGGAAGCUAUGGCCUUUCGGAAGAGUGCAAAGGAAUUGUUGCAACUAGCAGCCAAAAUUUUAAACAACUUGGGAGUACGGUUCUGGCUCAGCAGUGGGACUUGUCUAGGGUGGUAUCGACAAUGCAACAUUAUUCCUUACAGUAAAGAUGUUGACCUAGGAAUUUUUAUACAAGACUACAAAUCUGAUAUUAUUUCAGCAUUUCAAAAUGCAGGACUUCCACUCAAACACAAAUUUGGGAAGGUGGAGGACAGCUUGGAACUUUCUUUCCAGGGAAAAGAUGAUGUAAAACUUGAUGUUUUUUUCUUCUAUGAAGAGUCUGACCAUAUGUGGAAUGGAGGCACUCAAGCCAGAACAGGAAAAAAAUUUAAAUAUUUGUUUCCCAAGUUUACACUGUGCUGGACUGAGUUUGUAGACAUGAAGGUUCAUGUGCCAUGUGAAACCAUUGAAUACAUUGAAGCUAAUUAUGGUAAGGCCUGGAAGAUUCCUGUGAAGACAUGGGACUGGAAGAAUUCUCCCCCCAAUGUGCAGCCCAAUGGAGUCUGGCCUAUUUCUGAAUGGGAUGAGGUUAUCCAGUUAUUCUAAGAUCGUCGAUUGAAAUACUAGAAUGAAUUCCCCUCUUGAAAGGCAGAUAACUCCCUAAAAGAUAGAUUUUAGAGUCUGUCUUUUCUAGAUCAUAGAAAAGAUAAACUUUUCCGUUAAACAUAAGUAGGAGCAAAAGAAAAAUGAUGAAUAUGAAGACACAGAAAAAGUUCUAAUUCCUGAGCUAUCUGACUUGAUUUUCUGAUCUUACAUGUAUGAAGGAAUCUCCUUGUGCCUGGUACAAUACUAGGUUACAAUGGAGAAUGAGAUAAGUGAGACAGAUGUCUACUCCCUUUUCCCCUCCCUUUGGUAAGCAUCUCAGCCUUCUUUUGAGGAAACGUCCCCAUCCUUUGAUGAACUAAUAAAAUGUUGUUAAUGUUUCCAAAACUUUUGAUCAUAUUUUAACUUGAAAGUAGGUGAACCAUUCAAAGCUUGCUAUCCUAGUUUCAAAGGAUAAGCCAUUUAAGGUCUGAGGAUUGAAGUUGGUUAGUGUUAGUGUUACUUUUUAAAUUGUGGAGUCAAGGUU